UCCGGUUCAUUUCGCCAGAAACAACCCUCUCCCUCUCUCUCUCUCUCUCUCUCUCUCUCUCUCGAUCACGAGCACCAACCGGUUACCCUCCGUUCCUCUUCUCUGCAUGUUCUCGGAGCUCCGGCUCCCUUGACGGAGCCCCAGCUCGCUACCCGUUUUAGUUGUUAGUUUAAUUCAACCGUUAUUGCCUUUUAGAUCUUUCUUAUUACCCUUUUCAUCAUUUUCGGAUCUUUGAUUCUGUUUUCCCUUCGAAGAUGUCGAAACCGUGGGGAGGCGUCGGUGUUGGCGCCUGGGCCGCCGAUGCAGAGCGCGCUGAAGCUGAGGAACGUGAAGCUGCUGCCGCUGCCGCUGCGGAGCCACAGAGCUUUCCUAGCCUGAAAGAGGCUGUUAUCACCAAACCUAAGAAGAAGAAGAUGAGCUAUGCGGAGUUCUAUGCGGCCUCCAGCGGAGCCGGUUCUGGAGGUGGGUCUCGGGCAACUGGAUCCAAAGGACUUACAACCGACGAGAUGCUUCGGCUUCCUACUGGCCCCAAGGAACGCACUCCCGAGGAAAUGCAAUACGGACGAAGCGGAGGCGGAUUUUCGUCUUAUGACCGGUCCUCGGGACCCCCUUCUGGACGCACGCGAGAUGAAGGCGAUGGGUCGUGGGGUGGCGGCAGGAGGUCGUACGGUGGAUUUGAUGAAGAGCGUAGAGGCCCGCCCUCUAGGGUUUCUGAUUACGAUCAACCGUCUCGCGCUGAUGAGGUUGAUAAUUGGGCAAUAUCUAAGAAACCUUUACCUUCUAUGGAUUCUGGUCGCCAGAAUCGUUACAGUUCUCUUGGUGGCGGUGGUUUAGGAGGUGCUUCCCGGGCUGACGGGACGGACAGUUGGGCCGUCGGGAAGAAACAGCUCCCUACUCGAUCUUCGAAUUUUGGUUCUGGUUUCCGCGAUUCUGGACCGGAGCCUGAUAGAUGGACUCGGGGCGGAUCGCGUGAGCCGGAGCGGGAGAGACCAAGAUUGGUAUUGGAUUCGCCGAAAGUUGGCAGCGAGGGGAGUGUAACCAAUGAGCCAGUGAAGACAAACAAGACCAAUCCUUUUGGGGCUGCAAGGCCAAGAGAAGAUAUAUUGGCAGAGAAGGGAUUAGAUUGGAAGAAACUUGAUAUGGAAAUUGAGUCGAAGAAGACGAGUAGGCCGACAAGCGGGCACUCAAGCAGGCCUUCAAGCGCGCAAUCAAACCGUUCAGAGGGGCUAGGGGCAAUGCAGCACCUGGGCGUGGAGAAUGUGGUUAAGCCAAGACCAAAGGUGAAUCCUUUUGGGGAUGCAAAGCCCAGGGAAGUUUUGCUGGAGGAACGAGGUAAGAAUUGGAGGAAGAUUGAUCUUGAAUUGGAGCAUCGAGGUGUGGACAGGCCGGAAACAGAAGAAGAAAAAUUGUUGAAAGAAGAAUUAGAUCAUUUAAAGAAAGAGCUUGAGAAGGAAUCUAGCGUAAAAGCAAGUCAAGAAAGCCCUCAAGGAGACCGUCCGAGCUUACAGGAUACAAUAAUUCAGAAAGAAAGUGAACUGGAGAUACUGAUCCGUGAAUUGGAUGACAAAGUUCGGUUUGGUCAAAAAGCCAUUGAAAGGCCUGGUUCUGGAGCUGGUAGGGGCGCUAGUUUUGCUGAAAGACCACCAUCUCGAUCUGGAUCAGUUGAUGAUUCUAGAAGUGUGGAAUUCACAGAUAGGCCUCGCUCACGUGGUACAGGAGGAGAUAUGUGGGCAAGGCAUGGUGAUGAUAGAAGGUCAUUUCAAGGUGGCAGGGAAAGAGGAUUUCUUGGUAACAGAGAAAUGGAUAGGCCGAGCUCUAGAGAGAGAUGGUAAACAGCUGCUGAUGGGGGCUUGGUGGAGUUUACGUCUUCAGCCUUUGAGAACCAGAACCAAAUAAUAUAUUUUGUCACCUCUUCCUUUUGUUUUUCCUUUAAUUUUUGUUUUAUUGUUCUCUUGUUUUGGCUCUAGGAAAUAGAGCAAGGAUUAAAACCUGUAAAAUUGCAAUUUUUGUGUCUUCCUUUCUGUCUGUGUUGAGGCAGAGAGAUUGUAAUGUUUCUAGGACACAAAUUUAUUGAACUGAAUGGGAUUCACUAGUUUUUAAUUUUUAUGACAGUUGUUCCUAAUGUUAUAACCCCCCUUAUUUGGGUU